AUGUCAAACCUAGAGUUACCAAGCCGAAGCUUACCUGUUGUCAUAACUGAGGCAAGUGUUUGUAUUGCAUUGAGCAUCACAAGCAUCAUUGGAAACAGUCUUGUUUGUAUAGCAACAUAUAGAAACCCAAACUUGCGAUCAACCUUCAACCUGUACAUCAUUGCCAUAGCAGUUAGCGAUUUGCUGUGUGCAACAGUAGAUAUGCCGUUAGCUUCUACAACACUGAUCAUUGGAAAAUGGGUCUUCGGCGACGCUGUAUGCCAGAUUCAAGGUUUUGUUGAUGUGUUCACCUUUAACGUUACCCCAGCAACCCUUGGCUUGACGGCGUUUAACCGUUACAUGAAAAUUGUGAAGACAAGCCAUUACAAUAAGAUGUUUUCGACUCGCAAAUCUAAGAUGUGGUUGAUUUGCUUGUGGCUUACCUUUGCACUUUAUCUGAUCAUUGCACGAUUCACAAAUUGGUUACAGAUUGAAUUUGUCCAAAGCUACGCAGUGUGCGCUUUUGAUUUCCCAACUAGUGAAAGUCUAAUCGUUCAUUACUGUAUCACUGUGGGACUGCUUUUUAUUUUACCGUUGUUUAUCGGUAUUUUCAGUUAUUAUAAGAUAUAUCUUAAAACCCACGAGCAUCAACAGAAUGUGGUAUCAUCGCUACAGAACAGAAGUGAAAAUGGUGUAGCGAGAAGCUCAGUGAAAGAAACAAACAUUAGUCGAGUGUUAUUGUUCGUGGCCGCGGGAUUUUUGUGUUGCUGGAUACCAAUGUGGGCACUUGUUCUCUGGUUUCGUUUUUCUCCCGAAACUAGCCCAAGAAUUGCAGCCAUGCUAUCAAUGUUUUGCUUUUAUUUGAGUGCUUCAGUAAAUCCUUUUAUUUACGCUUUCACAAAUGGUGAGUUCCGAAGGGAAUUUCGCAAACUGCUGUCUUGCUACUGUCGAAAGGCAAGAAUUGCUGACAACGAAGUCAAUGAAGGUGAAGAAUAAGAAGCGAACUGUUAAGUCUUCUAGAUUUUUCCAGACUAAGAU